GGCUGUGCAUGGCGGAGGGCGCGGCGCUGCGGGCCGUGAGGGACUGCCUGGCCGCCUUCCCGCGGGAGGCCCGCGAGCURGGGUGGCCGGAGUCCAUACCCUAUCUUGAUAGGCCUCCAUCCCCGCUGGAGUUUUAUCGGGAGUGGGUGAGUCSGAAUAAACCCUGUGUAAUUCGCAAUGCCAUCAGCCACUGGCCGGCUCUGAAGAAAUGGACCUCAGCGUACCUCAGGAAGGUAGUGGGUCCCAAGGUGGUGAGUGUGGCAGUGACACCAAAUGGUUAUGCAGAUGCAGUGUUUCAGGACCGUUUUGUCAUGCCAGAGGAGCGCCAAAUGCCUUUCAUGGACUUUUUAGACAUUGUGGAGAAGAAAGUGACCUCUCCUAAUGUAUUCUACGUGCAGAAGCAGUGUUCAAACCUCACUGAGGAGUUCCCUGAACUGGUCUGUGAUGUGCAGCCUGACAUACCAUGGAUGAGUGAGGCACUGGGGAAGAAGCCUGAUGCUGUGAAUUUCUGGCUUGGGGAGUCAGCUGCUGUGACAUCUUUACAUAAGGAUCAUUAUGAGAACUUGUACUGUGUGGUAUCUGGAGAGAAGUAUUUUCUACUGCAUCCACCAAGUGACCGUCCCUUCAUCCCAUAUGAGCUCUAUCAGCCAGCAACCUACCAGGUAUCAGAAGAUGGUUCAUUUGAAAUUGUGGAUGAGAAGACUGAAGAGAAGGUGCCCUGGAUCCCUCUGGACCCCUUGAAUCCAAAUCUAGAACUGUAUCCAGAGUAUGCUCAGGCAAAACCUUUGCAGUGUACAGUGAAAGCUGGUGAGAUGUUAUAUCUGCCUUCUCUCUGGUUCCAUCAUGUUCAGCAAUCACAUGGCUGUAUUGCAGUGAAUUAUUGGUAUGACAUGGAAUAUGACAUUAAGUACAGCUAUUAUCAACUACUAGAAUGUCUCACAAAAACUGUGAAAAUGCGGUAGCAAAGGUGGGAGACUCGAGCUUGUCUGWUUCUGAUGUGAUACAAUCAUCAGCAUCUGUGACUGGAGUACAAACACAAUUCACCCAAAAAGAAGUGAACAUGAAAUUAUUGUCAACAACACCUGCCAAAUACAUCAUGGCUAUUUUGCUUGAUUUCAGAGUCCAGACCAAUUGGCCAGAAUUGUUGGCUUGUGAAUAGAACUUUGAUAAUAGCAUUUUUAGGCCUUUGCGUGUUGCUUCAGUGAUGGUGAGCAAAACAAAAUUUGAAGGGAGGCAAUCCAGGUUUUGAAAAUCCCAAAACGGAAGCCUUGGCUGUUUGUUCAGAUCUACAGAUUGUUUUCAUAACGACCCAAGUGGCCAAGGAAGGAUCUGCUCUGCCACCCACCUGUGCAUCAGGCUGCAUCAAGCUCCAUCAGGCCAACAAAUGCAUUCUGCUUAAGGCAAAAGUUCUGUCCUGUUGUAAUUCACCAAGUUCASUGGCUGUGGUGUUUUGAUGAUGAGAAACUACAACUUCAGCAAUAAAUAGGACCUGGCCCAUUCCCUGGACUUAUUGAUUUGUAUGGAUCUGGAGGAGG